AUGGGUCAAUGUGGCUCUCAAGGAAGAAAUCUUCCUGACACUGCUAAAGCUUCAUCCUGUCCACCUGAACAAGAGUUCUGUCUUCAACUUGGCAUCUGUGUCAGUAAGGGUCAAUGUGAUUCUCAAGGAAGAUCUCUUCCACCUGCAGCUGAAGCCUCAUCCUGUCCUCCUGGUCAAGAGUUCUGUCUUCAACUUGGCAUCUGUGUCAUUAAGGGCCAAUGUGGUUCUCAAGGAACAAAUCUUCCUGACACUGCUAAAGCUUCAUCCUGUCCACCUGAACAAGAGUUCUGUCUUCAACUUGGCAUCUGUGUCAGUAAGGGUCAAUGUGGCUCUCAAGGAACAAAUCUCCCCAAUACUGCCGAAGCCUCAUCCUGUUCUCUUGAACAAGAGUUCUGUCUUCGGCUUGGCACUUGUGUCAGUAAGGGCCAAUGUGGUUCUCAAGAAGCAAAUCUCCCCAAUACUGCCGAAGCCUCAUCCUGUUCUCUUGAACAAGAGUUCUGUCUUCGGCUUGGCACUUGUGUCAGUAAGGGUCAAUGUGGCUCUCAAGGAAGAAAUCUUCCUGACACUGCUAAAGCUUCAUCCUGUCCACCUGAGCAAGAGUUCUGUCUUCAACUUGCAUCUGUGUCAGUAAGGGUCAAUGUGGCUCUCAAGGAACAAAUCUCCCCAAUACUGCCGAAGCUUCAUCCUGUCCACCUGAGCAAGAGUUCUGUCUUCGGCUUGGCACUUGUGUUAGUAAGGGUCAAUGUGGCUCUCAAGGAUCUUCCUGACACUGCUAAAGCUUCAUCCUGUCCACCUGAGCAAGAGUUCUGUCUUCAGCUUGGCACAUGUGUCAGUAAGGGUCAAUGUUGUUCUCGAGGAACAAAUCUUCCCAAUCCUGCCGAAGCCUCAUCUUGUUCUCUUGAACAAGAGUUCUGUCUUCAGCUUGGCAUCUGUGUCAGUAAGGGUCAAUGUGGCUCUCAAGGAAGAAAUCUACCAGCUGCAGCUGAAGCCUCAUCCUGUCCUCUAGAACAUGAGUUCUGUCUUCGGCUUGGCACUUGUGUCAGUAAGGGUCAAUGUGGCUCUCAAGGAAGAAAUCUUCCUGACACUGCUGAAGCUUCAUCCUGUCCACCUGAACAAGAGUUCUGUCUUCGGCUUGGCACAUGUGUCAGUAAGGGUCGAUGUGGUUCUCGAGCAAUAAAUCUCCCCAAUACUGCCGAAGCCUCAUCCUGUCCACCUGGACUAGAGUUCUGUCUUCGGCUUGGCUCUUGUAUCAUCAAGGGCCAAUGUGAGCCAUCAGGGAUCCAUCGCGCCUCGACAAAGUUCAUCAGGUGUCCGCCCCAACAAGAAUUUUGCCUCCAACUUGGUACUUGUGUAUCUCGUGGCGACUGUUCUGGACUUGACCAACGACCCCGAGUCACAGGCGUGAACUGCCGCCGUGGACAGCUGUUCUGUCUGGUCACUGGCACUUGCGAGCCAGCGGGCAGCUGCGGGAAGGGUGGCAACCCUGGCGACGGCACCACCACCACCGCGUCACUCGGAGAGGUUUGCCCUCCUGACAAGGUGUUCUGUUUGUCGAGCGGGACGUGCGAGGCUGCUGGAGGGUGCGGCGACCGACCACCAGGCUCCAUGGCCACCAUGUGUCCCAGAGGGUACAUUUACUGCUUGCAGAAGAGAGAGUGUGUGAGCGCCAGCAAGGGGUGCGCCGACCCCUCCCCUACAAAGGCGAAGUCUUGUCGGGCAGGAACUGUAUUCUCAGUUACAACUGGCGCCUGUAUUCCUGAUCCUACUUACGGCACGGAUACGUCUGACUGGAUGCCAGAAUUAAAGUGUCCAGGGAACACAGAAAAGGCCUCCACCCGCGAACCAUUCACCUACUCCACCUGCAUCUCUAACCGCCACUGUCCCCUCAACUACAGCUGCUGCCCAGAUCCUGAGACGCUCCAUCUACAGUGUGUGGACGGCGCGGGUAACACGGAUAAGAACACCAUCAACAUGACGUGCCUAGUGAUUGGGAAACCCCGCCACGACACUGGCUUAGUGUGCACCCAUCCCGAGGACUGCCCAAUCACCUCCGUCUGCUGUAGCGGACGCUGCAGGUCUCUCAAAGGCACCUCCACCUGCCCACCCUCCACCAUGUACUGUCCCGUGACGAGGUCAUGCCUGACGCUGGGUAACUCCUGCAGCAAGGUCUGCCCCCCGAGGUACAUCUAUUGUGUGGCCACGGGCGAGUGUGGACCUGAGAACACAUGCGAGUUUGAUCAGUCAAGUGGGGCUCCUUGGACUUUACCUGGGCCUCUGAGGCUGCCCAGGAAUUACACCAGUGAUCCUUCUGGUAGCCAAAUACUCGUUUCUGAACUGUAUAGAAAUGCUACCACCAACAACUCGGACACAUCUGAAGUGGUGUUCACAGUGCAGAACUGUACGACGUGGUUUGGUUCGUGGAUGAAGCGUGGGUCUCCGUCGGACGUGUGGGUGCACCUGGAGCCCACCUCGAUGCUCUCCACCUCAAACUACCUGCGUUACAAGCCUUAUGCUAGUACCUACGCCUUUGGCCUGGAUUUUAUUAAUAUGACAGAGACGGAGAGCCAGCUGCCGCGGUUGGUUGUGGAGCUGGUGGCCCCGGAGAUCCCGGCUAUACAACUCACACUGGCAGCCUUGAACAUCUCCCUGAAGGAGGAUACGCCCAGGAUCAUCAGGCUGUCAGAGUUGGUCAACUUAACAUGUGAAGAUGACCGCUACUGGCAGGCUUGGGAAGAGGGCGCUGACUUGCCCAAACAAGCUUCCAAAGCCGGCCUUCUGGACUAUGGCAGCCCAACAGUAGUGUCAUGGGUGAGGUCGCUCCAGCAGCCUCGAUUCAACGCAAACAAGAUGUCUAACAUUAGUAAGAAAGGCGGUACCUGGCAGGGAAGUGGGAUGAGUGGAAGAAGUAGUAAAUAUAGCGAGGGACAAGGCAACUCUAGUUUCCCAGGGGAACCAGAAGGUCCCAAUGCAGCUGGAAGCACUGAGAGUGGAGAGAGAGGACUCAAGUUGGAGUGGGCUGCGGGACCUAACUCCCGGAAAAAGGCCAAAAUUCGCAUUGCCUAUUCACUAGACGGUGGUAACGUGUGGUUAACAAUGAAUCCGUUCCUGGGAGCGAAGUUACCCCUGUCGUCUUGUGAUGCAGCAAAAGACGUACUGGUGAGGUUACACCCUCCCUCGAAGGGCCUGAGAAGUCCCAAACUUCACGUCUCUGUCUACACUGACCAAGACACCGAACAUAGUAAUGAAACGUCCGCUCUCUUCCAAAACGAGUAUGAUAUUCCCUUGGAGAUCCAAGAGGCCAGCGGUGCCCCCGUGGCCCGACCCACCCCAAACCUGCGGCAGGUGCCCGUGCUGACCUAUGGUCUCCCGAACACCGGCUACCCAGCGCAUGUGUAUGCUAGCGCCUACUACAUAGACGGUGAUGAGAGCACCAAGAUGUCCAUCUUGAUCUUGCAGGCAUAUGGGAGUUACUUAGGAACUUGGCAGUACUCACUCGAUAAUGGAGCUACGUACAAAGAUAUUGUUGAUUUAGAAGAUGACCCAUUCCCGAAAACAAUGGGACUAGCAAAGUCUCACCAAGGCAUUGUUAACUUAGAGGAGGUAAUGGAGAAAACCAAGUGUGACUUCGAGAGUAUGUUGAGGGAGCCUAGCGCAUUUACCUCAAUGGGCAGUGACAAUGAAUGCAUGGAAAAGGUCAAGGAGAAGAUGAAAAUGUAUAACAGUAAGCCAGCGUCUAACACAACAGAGGGAGGCAAUGAAGACAUGUCUAGUACAGGGACAGAGAACACUGCACCUGCAGGGUCAAGUCAGGGCAAGAGAUUGCCAAGAUCGACGACAAGGCAAGGCAAGAGAGGGCCAAAAUCUACAACAGGCCGAGGCAAGAGAUUGCCAAGAUCUACUGCAGGUCAAGGCAAGAGUGUGUCAGGAUCAGGUCAACGGCAGUUUGGAGGUUUUGGAACUGGAAAUAUCAAUGUAUCAACCACGUACCCUUCGAUAACGGGUCUGCUUAUGCCCUGGACAGCACUUAUCAGGUUCAACCAUACACGAGAGUACUGGACCCUGGUAGAAGCUCGCCAAAAAACCCGACUAGUGUUCGUUGCUUCUGACGGAGCUGAUCUUCAGGAAGCUGCCUCUGAUGUUAAGAUGAUUAAUAUCAGUUUUUCACAAACUGGGAAAAUGCGAGGUUUGAGCAGCCUAGCGAGGGAUCCAGUAGUAAUGUCAAUGGAGUGGAAGGAUUGCACAGGUCAGCGUCUGGUAUCCAAUCCGCCUCGGGUGGUGGAUUCCUGCGGUGUGUGUGGUGGUGACAAUACUUCCUGCCUCGAUUGUAAUGAUGUCCUCUUUGGCAGUGCCUAUAAAAGGUGUGAUGUGUGUGUUGGAGGCAAUACAGGGAAGACAACGAAGUUGGAUUGUGCUGGCCAGUGUUGGGAGAGGAACAUCUUAAAGGAGGUGGGCAGUUCUAUUGUGUGUGUGCCUAAGAGCGAACCAAAUGUCACCCUCUGCGAUGGCACCAUUAAGUCAACAGCCAACAUUAACCAAUGUGGAAUAUGUGUUGAGGGAGAAACUGGGUUGAAGAAAGAUGCCAAACUGGACCAAUGUGGUGUUUGCUUUGGCCUAAACACCUGUGUGGCGUGUGAUGGUGUAGUCAACUCCACCGCCAGGACCAACAUCUGUGGAGCCUGCCUUAAUCCCUCUGAUCCUAAAUGGAAUAACUGUUCUGGCCUCCGUGUAACAAGCGAUUCUCUAGAUGCGUGCAUCAAUGACGUACAGGAUAUGAUAGUUGAUCCAGAGAAGAGAACACUGGCCGACCUGAGGAGCUUGCUCACUGUGGAAGCCGAGGUGGCCGGGGUCAAAGCCAAGACCCAUACUAUUGACAACUGCUCUCUAGUGUCUGAUAUUGGCCAGGGAACUCCAGCUGUUGCAGUUAGCUUCCAGAAUAAUGGCGUUAAAGCUGUCUUCAAAAUAUUGCUCUCUGGCAACAUGAGUCUGCAGUGUACUUUUAAAUCUAAGUAUAAGAAACAAAAUCCAUCAAUGGUUCAGCUGACAACUACUGACACGCUAACAGUGCUGGACUCCAGGGCUGUUAUGCUGGAAACUGACAAGUCGGAAGUGGACACAACCAAUAGCUCAGUGGUGACGCUGGCGGUCAAGUACGCUCCGUCCCUGAACUCUGCUGUCUGUGUCCUCAUAUACGACAUUGACUCCUCUGAUGCAGGCGAUAGUAACAAAACCAAGGAGCGGAGAUUACUGAAGGGGGAGGCGCCCCCCCGCCUGGUGCAGGAGCUGGCCACAGCCCUGGUGGCACCAGGCCGCGUCGCCUGCACAGUGCCUAAGGAUGCCAGGCCGGGCCAGGCGCAGAUUGGUCUUGUUCUCACUUUUGCGGCCCUUAUUCUUAUGUACAGGGUGCCCCUCAACCUGCCCACAAAGCCACUGGUCAUCAAAGCUCCCGCUCCCGAGGUUGUAUCAGCUGUCUUGGACUCCACAGGGGAGGUCCUCAACAUCAACUUUAAUGUGAAUGUUGAUGCCAAGGCUAAAUGCUCUCAGAUAAUUAACUGGCCCUGGACUGGACCUACAAAGUCACCGGGACCAAUUUGCAAGUUCGUGGCAAAUCAGCUGAGAGUGCAGCUGGGUCCUGCAAUUAACGUGUUAGCCAACACCUCGCUGGCCUUCAACAACAUGAGCGCUAUCCGAAGGGCGUAUGGAAAUGCCAUCACCGCUCCUGCAGCGACGGGGAACUUCACAGUCACUCAACCGGUGGUUGAGACUGAGCUGACAUUCCAGCUGACGGGUGAUACUCAGGCGUGUAACACCUCUGUAGUCAAGGUCUCCAUUACCAGUAUCAGAGGAGCUAAAAUUACAGACGUCACGCCUGUGUGGAAUAUCACCUGGGAACCUGGGGGUCAGAAGUGGAGCCAGGGAGACACCCUGCAGGUAUGGCAGAGUGUUCACGCCCUCAAGGGCAAGAUGAAGAUGUGGGCCAGCCAGCACGGCUUCUCUCUCACUGUUCCUGGCAAUGGGUUCCUGCCUGGAAAGGAUUACAUGGUGGUGGCUCAUCUAGAGACAUCAGACGGACGUAGCAGUGACGCCAUAGGUAUGACCAUCACUACCAUGCCUCCAGACCAGCUGCUCCAAGUUAGCAUCAGUGGCCCGACUGUAGUGAGGGUUGACAGUCGCUUUAAAUACAAGGCCAAAGUGUCUCUCUGCUCACACACCGACACUCUGGCAGAUGAUCUCAAGCUGCAGUAUUACUGGAGUGUUGACGGAGAAGGAACCAACACGGGCGAGUUGAUAGGGAAGAGUAUCACCCUGCCUGCUGGAAGCCUACGUGGCGGUCACGCCUACAUCCUCAGUGUUACCGUUAUAGCUGAAGACCCUACUGUCAUGGGCACUGGUAAGAUUGAGAUCACAACCGUGUCUCAAGGGUUGGAGGUCAUCACUUCCACAGACUCCCUCAUGUUGGGUUCCGUCUCUCCCAUCAAGAUUGAUGCCUCUAAGUCCAUGGAUAAAGACAAUCUGCAGGGUGCCCUGUCUUUCAGAUGGUGGUGCAGCACACAAAAUGGAGGUGGCUGUUAUACCAGUAGUGGCGGAACUCUCACGCGGUUUGAGAACACUCUCUCAGACGAUGAACUUACCAAGGCCACACUCAAGAUUCCAAGUGCCUUACUACCACCUGACAGGUACAAUAUGACCGUGGAGAUAAGAAACAGAGAGAGCAAAGCGGAGAAGACCGUGGGCGUGGAGGUGGUGGCCGGCCAGUGCGCUCUCAUCACCACCAAGCCCACAGCCACGGUCGUCGACCCACAGAAGAGGAUCCGUAUACCCGCCUCCAUCACGGGUCCAGCAGACCUACAGGUACAGUGGUGCUCGGUGAGUGAGCCUGGACUCCUCGAUGUUGACAUCUCCCAGCUGCCUGUGGGACAAAUUGCCAAGCUUGGGGGAGAAUCUAAGGAGCGGGACUAUGACUUAGUACUUCCCAAACCCAAGGAAGGGGGAAUCAACUUCCCUGGACUGGUUGGUGAUGCUUCAUACAAGUUUCGUAUCUUGGUGAAGUCUCCUGCCGGGUACUCGUGCUUCAGUGACUUACGCCUCAAAACGAACUCACCGCCUGAGGGAGGGAUCUUUAAGGUAGUGCCGACUAAUGGUAAGGCUCUUGUCACCAACUUUACCUUCAGUGCCUCAUACUGGACAGAUUCUCCAGAGGAUCUGCCUCUGGCUAUUUCCUUUGGAUAUCGCCUUGAAAGUGCCGAAGGAUUUCCUAUUGCUUGGCCAUUUAUUACUACUGACAAUGAUCCAUCUAAAACUCUACUUCUUCCUGCAGGGUCGAAUCAAUCCAAGGUUAUUCCUCUAGUAAAAAUAUGUGACAUCCAUGGUGCCUGCACAAUCAGAGAAGGCAAGGUGUUGACUCUUACCCUCGCUUCUGAGAUACCAAAGGAACUCCUCAGUACUCUCAUCAGAAAUUUCAAGGAGCGAAUGAGUGACGACGACUUGACGAAGUCUGGCCUGGACACCAUCACAGUCCAGCUAGCAACACUCACAGCCAUGAACCUGGGCUCUGAGGCCGCUGUCCUCACACAACGGGUUGAGGACGUCAUUAGGGAGAAGCUCUCCACACUCUCUGCCAGAAUGGAUAAUGAUGUGGCAUCCAUUGUAAGAUCUUUAAAUAUUCUGAAAGGUUUAAAAAACAUGUUAAAGCAAUUCCCAGUCAGCCAAGAUAUUUACUACAAGAUAAAGAACUUUGGUCGAUUGCUAUCGGCUGCGCUACUAGGAGACCCGGUCCAAGAUGUGAUCCCUGACCUACCUGUGGACACGUCUGAAGAAGGUGAAGAGGAGGACGACGACGCCGUCCAUUACCCUAGUAGUGACGAUGACCUAGAUGCUGUCAGGAAUAAAGACUCGUCAUCUUCGCGAGAGCUGCACUCACAGGGGAACAGACAACGACGAGUUAAGCGCAGCUCCCCUCCAGCCAACGGUACCCAGCAGUUGAGGAGCAUCAGUUUAGACGGGGUGGUUACAGUGCUGGAGACAUUUGAGCAAGGUAUUGUAGCAGCAGCAGCUAGUAGAGACACGACGGCAGACAUGGCAGAGCUGCUCGGUAAUCUACCCAAGUAUUCAUCUGGUCUCUGUCUUGGAAUGAGCUCACAAGAUGAGCCAAGUAGUGUUCUAGGAACCUUCGUAGCAAUGACAGUGGUGAGGUUCAGUCAGGACCAGUCAGACACCAUGUUCACCAUUGCUAAUAGUAAAGGCAGAAAAGACGACUUCGUUGAUGAUGACAGCUUUGUCAUCUGGGGUGACAUUCUGCUGGAGUACAAGGAGUGGUCUUGUGGCAAAAAAGGUGACGAGGGAAAUGCUAUACCAUGUUAUGGUGCCUGCCUGGCCACCAUGUUGCUCAAGAGUGACUACUUGUCACCCAUCACUGGUGCCGAGGAGCCAGGCAACCUUACAACGCCUGUUGCAAAGACUAUCCUAAUCAACCCUGCAACAGGUGUAGAGAUUCAAGUCAACAUGACCAAGGACAAGAUCGCCUAUCAUUUGGUUGUACUAAAUGACACAAUAAUUCCAGCCGGCUACCAAUUAAAGUGCUUUGGCUGGGACGGGGAUGAGUGGAAUGGGACGCUUUGUCUCACUGGCAAAGUUGUUACUAGAGGCAGUGUCAAGAGGCUCCGGUGCCUCUGUAAGAGUCCGGUGUAUGUGGCAGGGUUUGUAAGUGAAGUGUCGGCGUCUGCAACAACCAUGACUUCUACCAUGUUAGAGACCACCACAAUUCUCCCCACUGAGGCGCCUCCCUUCAUCCCAGAAAGUGUCCAAUAUGCCCAGAUUGUCAUUGAUGAAAACUUCCAUGAAGUGGUUGGAGAGAAAGAAGAUGAAUUUAAACAAUUAGUAGCAAGUCAAAUAGCAUCACAGCUUAACAUCUCUGAGACAAGAAUCCACAACAUGACAAUUAGGAACGGGAGCAUCAUUGUGGGGUUCGAUGUGUUGCCUGACCUCACCCGGACCUCCGACAAGACCCCGCAGAAAGUGGUGGAUGAACUCUAUGAGCUCAUCAACUCCGGAGGACUAGUCAUCUUGGGACCAACUAACAAACAGUUGAAUAUUCCCCCACAGAGUAUCAAUGGCCCAUUAGUGCAAGCGCAGAAGGAUCCAACGAAGCUGCCAAUUAUCAUCGGUGCCAUAGUGGGUGGUAUAGUGAUGAUAGUGAUAGUCUUUAUCUGUAUUGCUAUCUACCUCAAGAACAAGAAAAGAAUGGACAAGGUUGAGCCGUUACAGAUGGCUGAUUCCAAGCAUCCAACAUAUAGCUCUAUACACUUUGAGCAGUCACUAGACGGCACUGUGGCGUCCCUGGCCAAAUACCGUAAUGCUGCAAAUACCAGCAACCGCAGUCUGUCAGCUGGGGGAGCAUACUCAGACGAAGGAAUUUACAUCGAGCGCCGCUCAACCGCCAACAGCUCCCGAGCGGGAUCUGGCGGGAGUUCGUCUGGUAAAGGCAGUUAUGACUCUGGAACCGGCCAAGACGUUCCUGAGCCUUUCAGAUAUCGGGUUCCCACUAAGGAGCAGCUGGAACGCUCAGGACCCAUACCAGAGCAUAUAAUUCGGGAGAUGAAAAAACAGCGUGAAGUAUUACCAGGAACACCAGAGAACAUGUCAUAGACGUGUCAUCCCACUUCCAGUUGACCUUAUCAAGCUCUGAAAUAUGCUUCCUGGAAUUUGGAAACCUGCAGUUGAAGACAAAUUAAGCUGACGAAGUUCCCUUUCUGGAAAUGAUUUGAAAUUUCCUUAGUUUUUAAUAGUAUUUGGGUUUAUAUUAUUUUAAUUUAAAUUCUGCACUACUAUUUAUGUGAUACUUGAGCUGUCCUCUUGUUCGCUGCCACACUAAUUGAAACUUACUUCAACAGGUAUAAAGUGUUAGCGAAUAUGUACAAAAACGCCAAUAUUAGAAUGCACUUUAUUAAAGCUCAUGUUUUGUCUGUAAGCGCUUCAUCAAACCUCACACACACAUACAGGACUCACUGCUUGUGAAGAGACAAGAAUCUGAAAUGAAGUUGGAGUGGGGGGGAGAAAACGCUGAAUGAUAUAGCAUGUUGCAAUUUAUAUUUUCCUAGAUUCAGUCUAGGAAGUGGAGAAGCCAUGCUAUGUUUGUGAUGAUGAUUCUGUUCAAAAGGUGUGUAGUGUUCAAUAAAACCUGCAGACUCGAGCACUACCACACCGUCAAAUUGAAUCAAGGAAAAGUCAGUAUCGCUUCCCACUUGCUUAACUGAUUAUAGAUACCUUAUGAAUUCAGACAUACAUAAUUAAUCAUACAUCUGUUAAGCCUCAACCUCUGUCUUAUCCUCUUUUUUUCGUUUUUUCUUAAACAGUUGGCCUUGUGGGUCUUAUCUAGAUUAAUAGACUUUGUAUGUGAAACGUUGUCGUCUUCUGUUAACUUUGGGUUCCUCUACACUACCAGUAACUCUGAAUUAAUUUUACGAUAUUGAGUUAAUCUAAUAUUUCUAGCAAGAUUUACUUUCAUUUUCUGUCAACAUCUGAGACAUUCUAGCAUAAUAUUACGUGGCUAUGUAGCCUUCAAUUGUUUUAGCUAUCAAUGUUUUACAUAAAUUAAGUUUAUGUGGAUACUCGCAAGUUUUACCUUAAAACUACUUUCAUGAUUCUUCUGUAGUGUACAGGAUGUAGUACUUAAAACAUUCUUUAUUAUUAUAUAUAUCUUAAAAUAUUCUGAUUACAUACUACAACACUCACAAAUGCAAAGAAAAUUUUUUAUUCAUAACAUGCAGAGUUAACAUAGAUAAAUAACAUUAACACUAUUGCUACACAGUUUACUGUUAUUCUUCCUAAUAUAACAUGUUAACAUUGAACAUUCAUCUGCCAGUGUUUUAUUAUGCAUGAAUUAUGCACUUCAGUUCAGUCCAAACAAUGUCAGUUUAUUUGCAAUAUCAAAUACAAUAAUCUGGUAAUUGUAAAUAUCUUGUAUGUAAUGAAUAAAAUAUAAAAGUACAUUUAAGAACAAAAUUAUUAAUGCAUAAGAAUGUGAGAAUAAUAUCGUAUGAAAAAUUGUGAGCAUUACCACCGUGUUUCAGUAGCUCGCCGUGUUCAGUAUCCUCGUACUUCAUGUCUGUGGGCAAAAUAAAUGUAAUUGCCAAUUUUCCUGACCCUGUUUCAUAUAAUUUUCAUAUCAAUAAGCACACUAUAAUAAUUUACCAUUUAUUCUGUGAUUUCGGAAGUUGCAAAUUUGUACCAAACCAAAAUUUUUCAUAUUAAGGAUUGUCAGCAACGCAGAAACACGAGCCACAAGUUGAAGGAAUUCGUGAGUGCCAGGCAUUAAAUGCAUCUGAACAUUGUCUAUAUGAAGAGUAUACUGUUCAUAUGCAGUAUAUGAAUGAUAUAAGGUAUUGUCUUCAAAGUUUUAUUUUCAUUGUGUAGGGAUCUUUGGAUAAAUUUGGGUCUUCUGUAUUCUCACAAGUUUGAUUAUUUCAUCAGGAACUUAGACCAUGUACAAUCUACUGUCAAACACUAGGUGAUAUUAGUGAUAAAUAUAGUCUAUUCUUCUAUGAAUAAAUUACUUACUAUAUUUAGAUAUAAUAAAUUAAGAACGCAGAUUUCCUCUACUUUUACAUACUACGUUACAUUUUGAUUAUUAUCAAGUUUUUAACAUUAACAACUUAGUAAUGUAUAGUAGUAGGUCAGUCAGAUAUCUAGGUAGAUAUUAUUUCAUGUUAUUUUGAAGAUAGCAACCAAUUGUUGUAAUGUUCAUUUUUAGAUGUGAUUUUUUGAUGCGUAACAAGUUGAUAAUAUUUGUAAUUUUUGUUGGCUGAUAAUUAUAAAAGAAUUAGGGCCAAAGAUGAGUUUUAUAGAUCCUUAAUACUUUAUAGUAGAAGAGGAAAUAAUGUUUAUGUAACUGAGAGACUUGCUGUAAUUUGUAUUGUGAGACUGUUUUUGAGGACAUGAAAUGCAAAAAUUAGAUUUAUUUAUUUUCUCAUAUUGAUAUUAGUUUUCCCACUUUCUGUUCAUCUAUAUACGUCUCAUAUUAGAAGAAUAAAGGGAACGAUGGAAGAAAACCAGUGCACAAAAACGUAUUCUGAUCCACAUGUCACCUUAUUUGAUAUCUAUCUAUCAAUAUCUAUCUCUCUCUCUCUCUCUCUCUCUCUCUCUCUCUCUCUCUCUCUCUCUCUCUCUCUCUCUCUCUCUCUCUCUCUCUCUCUCUCUCUCUCUCUCUCUCUCUCUCUCUCUCUCUCUCUCUCUCUCUCUCUCUCUCUCUCUCUCUCGUUCUUUUUGUUACCCUUCUCAUCUGUCGUAGUGUGCCCCUAACAGCACCACACACAACCUUGCCAAGGGACGUCUAAUGAACUCAGCUCCGGCGUCUCCACCUUCGUUACGUGGUCAGGUGUGAUUGUUGUUACUUAGCCCCGGCCAGGUCUUCAGCUGAUCACCGACCACUGAUUGUUUGCUCAUUACUGUGCGGUCACCACCUCUAGAUUUACACACACACCAUCCCCGAUUUAUUUAUUUGUGUGUGUGUGUGUGUUUACUCGUCUAGUUGUGCUCACCUGGUUGAGUACACCUAGAUGAGUAUAUUCAUAUAUACAAACAGACAUUAAGACGCAACCAUGGAAACAAACAUACAGUGUAAUUGUGUGUGUGUGUACUUACCUUGAUUAUGCUCCUUAACCUCGAUUUUCCAGUCAUUCGAAGUUUAAUACAAUGACUGUUGUCUCAUUUUUCUUCUUGUCAUAUUUAAAUUUAAAACUGUGCAUUGAGUUAUCCUCGAGUACUGUUCCAUCUAACCCAUUCCACUCGUUUACAAAUUUUACGCUGCAGAAGUUGUCUGACAUCUCUGUUCAGACUCAUUUGGGUCUAUAUUUUCUCCUUCUGCUGUUCCUCAUUUUUCAUUAGUGUAUCUUUAUCUAAUAAUAAAUAAAUAUCUAUUCUUU